UUCCCACAGCUGAUUUUGUGCUGCCGACGACGACGACAACGAUGUUGCCGUGCUUGUUGUGUACUGAUAGCCGGUAUUAGCUGAUAAAAGGCGCGUGUGAUCACUUUGGGUGCAUCCUACAACGGUAACCGAUAUGUCAAACACGUUUCGACACGUUUACGCAAUCGGCUUUUGUGACUGUGAUCUUGCUAUUUUGGGCUCAUGUUUGUUUACCUAUAGUUUUACGCUGGAUGGAGAAGCGAAAACAUUCUGGCUGGAUAUACCUUUUCAAACGUUUUGUUUUUUUAAAGAUAAAUAUUUAGUUUAGUGUACAUUAAACAAGAAAAGUGUACUGCGAUAAGAAAGUUAAAUAGAACCGGUGAAAUUUUGACUACACAAUUGAAGAUAAGUGAAUCAACUGAUAUCGUCGUGAUUCCAUAUUGCAAGUUGUACAUAUUUUCACAUCACCAGACCAGACGAUGUCGAUAGCUAUCAUACUGUUCUACGUAUUCGUUACCGCGUGUAUGCUGCUUUCCUACAAUCCCAAACCUCGUAAGAUACUAGAAGCAAUCAAAGGUUUCCUGGUGCAUCUCGGUCACACAAAUGAAAAGCCACGAACUCCAAGACCGGACCAAGUGGGAAGAGUGUGGGACAUUCCGGGACCUAAACGGCUUCCGCUGAUCGGUACCAAAUGGACCUACAUGACCGGUCGUUAUAAACUCAACAAACAACAUGAGGCGUUUGCUGAUCUGAACCGACGAUAUGGGAAAAUUGUGCUAGAACAGGAUCAGGUUCCUGUAGUUCAUCUGUUUGACCGAGAGGAUAUGGAGAAGGUGCUAAGGUUUCCUAGUAAAUAUCCGUUUCGUCCACCGACAGAGAUCAUUGCAGCUUAUCGCCAAAGCCGACCGGAUCGUUUUGCCAGCGUGGGGAUCGUUAAUUUGCAAGGGCCACAAUGGCAUGAUCACCGAGUGAAGCUUACUUCUGCCAUAAUGUCAAGAAAAAUACUACAAGCAUUCCUUCCAACGAUGAACCAAAUCUGUGAUGAGUUUGUGGAACUGAUUCGCAACAAACGCGAUGCCAAUGGUGAUAUCAGGGAUUUCCAGGAUUAUACGAAUACCUUUGCGUUGGAAUUCAUAUGCUGUUUUGUCCUGGGUCGUCGGAUGGGCUUCCUGGCCAACGAUAAUCAAAUCAACGAGAAAUUUUUGAAACUGGCAACGGCUGUUAAAUCGAACUUCGUAUACAUAAGCCGCAGCUAUUACGAACUGAAGCUAUGGAAGUACUUCCCAACAAAGCUGUACAGGGACUACGUGCGAGGAGAGGAAACAAUUUAUGAUAUCAUAGCCGAGAUUGUUUCCGAAACCUUGGAACAGCAAGAGAAUCUCAACUGCUCGGAUGAUGAUGUUCGUGGAAUAUUCUUCAGUAUCCUUCAAACAGAGAGUCUGGAUAAGCGAGAGAAGAUUACAGGAAUCAUUGAUCUAAUUCACGCUAGUAUUGCAACUGUUUCCAACACGUUAUGCUUCCUGCUAUACAACCUUAGUCAUCAGCCUGAAAUGCAACGAAAAAUAGCUGACGAAUUUCCCAAAAGCCCGGAAAUCAUUACAAGUAAUGAUUUGUACAGUGCGUCAUUCACAAAAGCCUGUAUCAAGGAAUCCUACAGAAUAUCACCUACCACACCGUGCUUGGCUCGGAUUCUGGAACAAGAAUUUGUGUUGUCAGGAUAUCGUCUGGAUGCUGGGGUAGUGGUCCUGUGCCAUACACAAAUCGCGUGCCAAAGUGAAGACAACUUCAAGCAAGCCCAUCGAUUCCAACCGGAGCGGUGGCUUGAACAGACGGACGAGAAUCAGAACGUUUACAAACUAGAAGAACCAGGUGCUUCUUUGGUGCUUCCAUUCGGCAUCGGACGAAGGAUGUGUCCGGGAAGCAAGAUCGUUGAUAUCGAGCUGACCAUCGUGAUAGCAAAGAUACUCCAACAUUUCGAAAUUGAAUACCGCAGUGACCUCGAUACGCAGUUUCAGUUCAUGCUUGCACCGAAAACUCCAAUUAGGAUAAGUUUCAAAGAUCGCAACAACUGAGAUUCCAAAACGACUGAUAUUUUAUACAUUUGUUUCCUCCUAAUCUAUAUUUUGUUAACUAUUGUGAUUAUAACUACUGCAAUUGACUACUGAUUAAUACCUAAUCUGGCAAAAAAGAAGGGUACAAACAUUGAAAAUCAUAUUGAUUCAUUCUGAUGCAGCAGAUUGUUGAUCUGUGUACUAUGAACUGGUGAAAUUAAUUUUAAACAUUCACAAAAUAGCAAGUACGUAAUGUAAGCAGUGACUGUAGCAAACGAUGAUAUUUUGAUAUUAGGAUAAUUUAUUGCAUUUGUACAUAACUGAUGCUAUUUUUCUUAUUUCUUAAGAAUAAAUUGACAUGU